AUGGCUGCCACUUCUCUGCCCUCUUUAAACAAAUCAACAAAAACGGAUAAAGAUGAUUCCACUACAGCCACUUCCCAAAAUGAUGAUUCCAAAUCAACAACUGAUACAUCAACUAAAUCAGAUGGUAGCAAGAUGCCUAGUAUAACUUCAAGUUCAAAAGGUCUGCCAAAAUUAUCAUCCUCUACUUCAUCUUCAUCUUCAUUCCCAACUCCAACUAUAACACCACCUUCUUCACAUGAUAAUCCAAAUAUAUCAAGAUCAAGUGUCCCUUCAGGCACGGUAUUUAUUGCAGUUGGUGCAGUGGCAGGUUUCAUAUUUUUAAGUUUUAUAUUGGUCUUAUUCAUUAAGAAAUUGAUUGCAAAGAAGAAUGCAUCGAAAACAUUAGCAUUAGAUAGUGAAUCUUCAUCAAACUAUGGUGGUGGUGGUGAGAAGUUCAAUGGAGGUAAUGCUGGGUUUUAUUCAACAACUUCAAAUCUUAAUCAAUCAUCUGUCAAGAUCCCAUUACUGUAUGAACAACCAAAUGCUGAUAGUUCAAUGAGUGAUAUCACUGGUUCAUUCCUGAAACCUGAACAGAAUUUAUAUUCAACUUUGGAUAAAGAUACUUCACAACAACAAAAUAAAAGAAGAUCCAUGUUUGUUUCUCCAACUGCAGAAGUUAUGAAUUUUAAUAAGAAUAAAACUCAUUCAAGAUUCCUAAGCACAGGUGCUGGAAGUUCACAUACUAGAGAUCAUAGUAAUUUGAAUAUUAAUGAUAAUUCAGUACCUGAUUUAAGACAUUCAAGAAUUGAAUCUUUUGAUACAAAUACUGAUAUAAGAUUAACUAGUCCUGAAAGAAGUCCACCAAGAGCUGCUAAUAGAGGUCAUAGAACAGUUCCAAGUCAAUAUUUGGAAUCUAUGUUUGAAGAUUAA